UCGGACACCGACGGAAUUACCGACGGAAUUAAUUCCGUCACAAAAUAACGACCGAAUAACGACGGAUUAACGACGGAAAUACUCUUUCAUACAUAGCGAUGGAUUUACCGACGGAUUUACCGACGGAAUAUUUCCCGCGAAAUUACCGACGGAAUUACCGACGGAUCCCCGAUGAAAAAUUACCGAUGGAAAAUUUUCCGUUGUUAUUUCUUUUUUUAAUUUCCGCGAUUUUAAAAAUUGCAGAUAGCGAUGGAAAAUUCCGUUGCUAUUUAGCGACGGACGAUAUUCCGUUGCUAAUAAUUAUUUUAAAUAACCGAAAAUAUUUAUUUUAAAAAUAACAACGGAAUUCACGUCCGUUGCUAAAUAGCAACGGAAUUUUCCGUUUCUAUUCCGUUGCUAAUAAUUAUUUUAAAUAACCGAAAAUAUUUAUUUUAAAAAUAACAACGGAAUUCACGUCCGUUGCUAAAUAGCAACGGAAGUUUCCGUUGCUAAUAAUUAAUUCAAAUAACCGAAAAUAUUUAUUUUAAAAAUAACAACGGAAUUCACGUCCGUUGCUAAAUAGCAACGGAAGUUUCCGUUGCUAUUCCGUUGAUAAUAAUUAAUUCAAAUAACCGAAAAUAUUUAUUUUAAAAAUAACAACGGAAUUCACGUCCGUUGCUAAAUAGCAACGGAAGUUUCCGUUGCUGCGCCCUAAAAAAAAGAUGACUUCACCGCGCCUCCUCCUUCAUUUUUUCAACACAACUUUCUCUUCUAUUUCUCAAAAUUCCCAAAUUUCCUCCCUCCGAUUCCCCAUUUCCGGCGACUCCCGCUGAGUGCUCCCCUCCGGCGACUCGUCCACGCCGCCGUUUCCGCCCCGCCCCUGCUCGCCCCGCCUCGCUCCGUUGCCGCCUUUCGCCGAUCCUCGCCCUGCGCUGCUGCCCUCCUCGCGCCGCUCCGCGCCCUGCACUGCUGCCCGCCCCACGCCUCGCCGCUGGUCGCCCCGCCUGGCGCCGCUGCCGCCCUGCGCCGCUGCUCGCCCCGCCCUGCGCCGCUGCCCGUCCCACGCCGCGCCGCUGCUUGCCCCGCCCCUCCCUGGCGCCGUGUCCUCUGCUGCCAGCGCCGGAUUCCUCCGCCGCCACCGGUCCUCCUCCUCCGCGGCCACCGGUCCUCUUCCUCCGCUGCCUGCGUCCGUCGGAUUCCUCCAUAGGUUUGUAAUUUUUUUUUAAUUUCCAUUAAUUAUUUGAAAAAUCCUAUUAUGUUUUAUUGUAAAUUUUGUAUUAAUAUUCCUCCAUAGGUUCAUCAUUAGUGAUCGAUCUCAAUCAAUCGACGAAUUGUGGUUUUGAUUUGAACUCGAUUUUGACUAUGGGGAAGAACUCACGAAAGAAUAGAGAAUGAAAAUGUUCAUCUGUGACUGUGAGUCCGUUAGGAUUUUGAAUCUCAUGUAUUGAUAAUCAACGAGUUUUUCAUGAUUUUGAUUUUUAAAUUAAUAUGCAAGAGUAUGGUGCAAUAUUUAAAGUAAUUGAUUGAAAUUUAUGUAUUUUUGGAGAUAUAUAGGUGCCUCUUUUUCGUAUCUAAUUGGGCUUAUUUCUUUGUUUGGAAAACAAGAUACUCAAAAUUUGGGUCCACCAUUGCUUCUUGAGGAAGAAAAAAAGAAGUCAAGGUGAUCGAAAAGAAAAGCUAGUAACAAAACAAGUAAGUUUUCAUUACAUUAUCUUUUGAAAUGUUAGUAUGGCUCAAAUGGUAGCCAUUGUGAGAUUUUAAAAUUUUAGAUGAGCAUGUAUCUAAGUGUAUUUAUUCUUUUUUUAUAUAUAUUUUAGAUGAGCAUGUAUCUAGGUAGUAAAUGGAUAUUAGGUUGGGGGAUGGCUGUGUUCCAUCCCAUUUUGUUGCUGUGGUGAUGGCUUGGAGCCGCGUAUGUGCUUUUGUGUUUGAUUUAUAGAUUUUGUGUUUAACAUGUGUUAUAUUAAUUAUCAUACUAGUGAAAUUACUGACAUGAAAGAACGUAAGAUAUGGGAUUCAUACACUGUGAAGGCUCAAGCAUUCAAGACCGCCAUUGAAGCUGCUUGCAUGCUUUUAAGAAUCGAUGACAUAUUUCAGGGCCCUCUUGUCGAUCCUCAACGAUUUAUGGACGUGGAGCAGCAAUUGCAGGAUGCAUUAGUGGAGAUAGCACGUCAAAAGGAGGAGAUGAGGCAGAAAGAUGAGCAGACCGAUGCUCGAUUUCAGGCUCAGCAGCGUAUGUUCGAGGAGAUAUUGGCUAGGAUUCCACCUGGACCCACUGGACCCACUCCACCCACUGGACCAUCAUCUUGAUUAUGUUGUGUUUUUGUAUUUUGAAUACUUGAAUAUUUCUAUUAUAUAUUUGUGAACACUUGAAUAUUUUGUUAAGUUAUGACUAUUCGAAUGCUAAUUUAAAUUUCA